UCUGAGUCACCGCUGGUAUUUCCUGAACGGUAGAUCCCGCGCUUCUUAUUCUGCUUCUUCUUCUUCUCUCUGGGCGCAUCUGGGAGUUUAAACCUUUAUUCUCUCUCUCUCACUCUCACUCACGCAGUCUUUUCUUCAGUAUCCUUAUCAUUCCUGUUCACUGUGAUUGAUUUGCCACCAUGACGAACUCCAGGUUGAUCGCAUUUGGAAAGAUGUUGAUACGUAGGCGUGUGCUGGAUAAUGAUAUGGAGACUCGCUUUGCUCGCUGUCUAUCCACUCUGGACCUCAUUGCUUUGGGUGUUGGAGCCACGUUAGGAGCAGGAGUUUAUAUUCUGGCUGGAGAAGUGGCGCGGGAGAAGGCUGGGCCAGCUAUUGUGAUUUGCUUCCUGAUUGCAGCUCUGUCCUCAGUGCUUGCUGGUCUAUGUUAUGCUGAAUUUGGGGCACGUGUUCCAAAAACAGGCUCCGCCUACCUCUACAGCUAUGUCACAGUGGGUGAAAUCUGGGCUUUUAUCACUGGAUGGAACCUCAUUCUAUCCUACGUGAUUGGUACAGCCAGUGUGGCUCGAGCAUGGAGCUCUACUUUCGAUAACCUGGUGCAUCAGAAGAUUUCAAACUUUUUCAGUGAAUACAUGUCUAUUACACACACUGGGAACGUGCUGGCGAAGUAUCCGGAUCUGUUUGCGCUUUGUCUUGUCAUGCUGCUUACUUGCCUGCUGGCGUUUGGCGUGAGUGAGUCAGCCCUGGUGAACAAGAUCUUUACAGGCAUCAACCUGGUGGUUUUGAGUUUUGUUAUCAUUGCUGGCUUUGUGAAAGGUGACACUGCCAACUGGAGCAUCACUGAGGAGGACAUCAAAAACAACAAAAGCCCUCCAGUACCAGAUGAAACAAGUUUUGGCGCAGGAGGUUUUGCUCCAUUUGGUUUUUCUGGGAUUUUGUCUGGUGCAGCCACUUGCUUCUAUGCAUUUGUGGGUUUUGACUGCAUUGCCACCACAAGUGAAGAAGCCAAAAACCCCCAGCGUUCGAUACCAAUAAGCAUUGUGGCUUCACUGCUCAUCUGCUUUGUUGCUUACUUUGGAGUUUCUGCAGCUCUUACCCUCAUGAUGCCUUACUACGUUCUAAACACUAACAGCCCUUUGCCUGAGGCUUUUGAAUAUGUAAACUGGAUGCCUGCACGCUACAUAGUGACCGUGGGCUCCCUCUGCGCUCUUUCCACCAGUUUGUUGGGCUCCAUGUUCCCCAUGCCCCGUGUGAUCUUUGCCAUGGCUGAGGAUGGUCUGCUGUUCCGUUUCCUCUCCCGCAUGCACAAGAAAACGAAGACCCCUGUGCUUGCCACCAUUGUGUCUGGCGUUGUAGCAGCGCUGAUGGCCUUCUUGUUUGAUCUGGCUGCGUUGGUGGAUUUGAUGUCUAUUGGUACCCUGCUGGCUUACACACUCGUGGCAGUUUGUGUGCUCAUCCUCAGGUAUCAGCCAGGCAGCCUGAAUUCUAGCGCUGACAAAAACUCGACAGAGCUGCUGACAUUGGCAGAAAGAGAGAAUCAGAGCGAAGUGGAGACAACCCCACUUGAUGAGACAUUUUCUCCCAAACUUUUGGUGCUGCCCAGCUCAAAGUCACCCACCAGGACCUCAGGCCUUAUUGUCUACAUCACUACAGCUAUUACAUGUGUGCUUUUCACUCUGCUAUGUGUAGUUCUGGCAGUAUGGGGUGAGAACAUCAUAGAAUGCCAACCUGUCUGUGUCACUAUAGUGGUUCUGCUCAGCAUCGCCUCAUUCAUCUGCAUUUUCAUUAUCUGGAGACAGCCUGAGAGCAGUGAGGCUGUCAGCUUUAAGGUGCCUUUGCUUCCUGUCUUGCCUUUGAUGAGUAUUUUUAUUAACAUCUACCUCAUGAUGCAGCUGGAUGGGGCGACAUGGAUUCGUUUUGCAGUUUGGAUGGUUAUUGGCUUUUUAAUUUACUUUGGGUAUGGAAUCAGGAACAGUUCAGAGAGCGAAAAGAAUCUGGAGAACACACUGGAAGGAAAGCAAAUAAAUUCUGACAAACUCAAAACAGAAUUUGAAGGAAGUGCAGCUUAAGAAGGACGAGAUAAUAAUGUUGUAUAGUUUACAGAAGGGUUGGUGAAGCCCUUCCACACACGCACAAUACUGUUUUUUUUUAAAGCAGACAGAUUUAUUUAUUGUAUACCUUGUGACCUGAAAUUGUGGAAUGCUACAUGUUUAAAUUCAACCAGCAGAAAACUCCACUCUGAGUUACACAAUUUGCAGUUAUGAUGCAAUGCAAUGACCCUCUGUGAUGACAGCACGGCACACAGCCAUGAUAACUCAUCAGGCAAAUAAUGAAAGUACAGCACAAAAUGUCACCUGAACCAGUAAGCACUACACAUAAAUAUUUCUGUAUAGACAUGUUUAGCAUAUAUUAGUGGAGUCAGUUAAGUUUAAGCCUCUGAUCAAACCGUAAUUAUUCAUUCAUAAUGAAUUUAUCAAAUUACAUCUGAUCAGUAUUAGACUAGUGAGUGACUCAAUAGCUUGGACAUUUAAGGACGUUUAAUUAUUUACUGGAGAAAUGAGAUCCAUUGGUUCACAUGUUGCACAGAUUUAAAAAAAAAUGUACAUAUUAAAUCCCCUAAGUUGGGUCUUGCCACAAAGUUUUCUGUGUUCUGUGACUGUGUUAUAAAUUGGUGCCUUGUUUUUAAUGCACAUACAGUAUGUAUCCUGUGCUGGCCUGUACCAUGAGUUAAGUUUAGACCGUGUAGUAAGUCUGUCAACAUGGUUGUUCAAAAGCAGAUACAGUAUCUGUAUUUUGUUACAGUAAACCAACUAACUGUAGUAAGAAAUACACACCUAUUAUGUAUAUGUUACAUUACAUUUCCAGUGGGCAUUUUGAAUGUUAGGAUUAUUUUAAAAUCCACGAGGGUAUGUGAUGAAUGACAUUUUUAUAAUGAUUUGUGAAUGACAGAACUUAGAUGUUGUUAGAACUUGUUAGAUGUUGUGAAUAGUAAUGCAACCACAAACAAAUUGUAAUGUUUACAUAAUUUUUUAUUGUAAUGGAGGUAAAAUUUGUAGUGUGUUUUUUUUGUUUUAUAUAGCCUUAACUGUUAUAUUUGUCUUUUAUUACCUUUUAUUACAGUUAAAUAACAUUUUCCUUUUUUGUUUGUUUUAAUGUAAGAUUAAAUAUUAUUGUAAUUAUUGUAUUUUUUUAAUAAACAGGAUAAAUAUGA